AUGACUUCUUCAAAUAGUACUUCUAGGAAUCAGAUUGCUCACCGUCAGAAGCAAACGCCGAAGCCUUUGGCAGUGAGUGUGCGACCUCCCGGUUCCAAGGAGCAUGGUUUUGGGAAGCAGGAACAACAUGUGCCAAGGCGUAGUCCUUCAGCAACGCGUCUUGGCGUAUCUUCUAUUAAAUCUGACCUUAGUGGUGGAACAAGAGGCGGCGCACGCAAUAGUACUGCUCCUGCAGCCCCUGCUCUGUCAAACAAUGGGAAUGGCACAACCAUUGGAGCAGGUAGAAAGAACGGCUCUUGCACUGGCAUCACGAGAAGCAGUUGUAGUAUCGAAAAAGCUGCAGCCGGGUCAUCAUACGCGUCUUCAAACGCAGUUGUAACGACAUCGAGCAGCACAUCAGCUCUCAUUAUGGUCGUAUGAUUUGAAUAGGAGCUACGCAAAUCAUGAUUCUGAUGGUAUCGAAAUUGUAAGUACUUAUUCUCAAAUAAUGUUGUCAAUAACACCAAAAAUCUUUGCCAUGAGUGAUUUUUACGACAAUGAAGAAAAGAAUUUGCGACUGUGGUAGACAAGGAUCUUUCAUCCCGCAGAAAUGUGUGAAUUUCUUGCGUGAUUUAAUUAGAAAUAGGGAUUCCCAAAUCACAUUCUUCGGUCCUCUAAUCUCUUAUUUUCUGAUUGCCACACUCAGUCCUAGUCUUUCUAAACCCUCUAACCUCUUAUCUGAUGGCCACACUCAAUCCCAGUCACUCGAGCAAGAUAAUGGGGCAACAAGCGCUGCGCCGAUCUGUCUGCCGGAUCAAAGAGAGCGGCUUAUGAUGGCUCGCGAAGGACGAAAAAAAGGAAAGACGCUUUCUCUUAAGGCUACUGCUCGAGCAUGUCCCUAACAUCAUAGUCCUUGGAUCUUCUUUUUCUACUUGAAAAAGGGGACAAGGAUACAUUUAGGGAGGCUAAGGCGGUAGCUCUAAUCCUUCCAGUCGCGCUUGGGAUGAAUUCAUGAAUCUUUAGCACAUUAUUUUAGCUCUACAACACGAAGAUAUCCAUAUCCAGUUGAAUACUUAUGAUGAUAUGUCUUAUUCAUUUUGGAGUUCAUAAUCGUCUUUCUCGAUUCUAUGGUUUUUUCUCGAAUCGUGAAUUUUUUAUUUACUAGCUGAUAAUAUUUAGCUAGCUAGCGACAUGAUCAUGUCAACGUUCUCACAGCGUGGUAUUGAAAAUCAAUCGUCUAUUAUCUUUCCUUUCAACGACACCGUCAAGGACGCUGGGCAAUAGACCUCUUUCCUUGUGCUGUUGCUUAUUUCCCGGAUAUGAACUCACUCAUUAUUAGACGGAACCGCCAGCCUCUUGCAUAAUUUGUGGACCAACUGCGUCUAUGUAUUCUGCAUCACCUGUAGUCGAGAUCGGGGUUUUUUAUCUGAAA